UGGGAAGUGGUGGCACUGUGUGGUAGUUUGAAGAACAGCUAUUUUUUGAGUGUUAGCAUUGGGUCGAUUGGCCCAGGGCUCUCCCUUUCCACAGAACACACUGAAGUGGAUCUAUCUGUACCUCAGCUCUCCUUUCUUACAAAACUUCCAGCUGAGCUGAUUUUAGUGCUGGUCUGUGGCUUUUCAGCUGCUGAGUCCUUGUACUCCUUUUCCAUUUGAAUCUUAUUUCAACACAACCCCUUCCCAUCUAAGUGGUUAGCUGGGGAAUAGAGAUGAUAAUUUUGCUGCUAUGCCCGACUGCCCGUUCAGGGGACAUUCCAGCCCGUCCGACGUGUGGCUGGGAUGCUGUCAGAAAUGGCUGUUGACUCUCACUCGUCAGCGUGUCCUUGCUAUUAGGGUGUUGUCCCCAUCUGGACAGUUCCUGCUGAGCGUGGACAAUGCACAAGUUCCUAAAGAGCCUAGAGCGGCUCCUCCUGCCCUCAGUGGUUGGGUGCCUGCAGUACCUGCCUCUUCCGGUUUUAGCACCUGCUGGACCUGGACAGGUGAUGUUUGCACAUGGGUGUCUCAGAGGCUGACGUGGGAGUGCCAGCUGUGUUGGAUUUGGUAUUAUUUCUUACUCGGGUUGACACCAGAAUCUGGAAACAAGAAACGAGUGAGUAGUUUCUGAGCUGUCCUGCCAGUCUCCAGCCAGCUGGCAGUGUUCUGCUCGGCACAAACAGGGAAAGGGUGUAAGAUGACAGAAAGGAUCCCCCGUUCAAGUCGCAGCACUGCCACUGACACGUGGCAUGGCCUCAAACUGUCCUGCCUACAAAAUGGCAUAAUCCUGCCAGGGCAGGGGGGGUGUCACAGGUGUCCUGAGUUGUUGCUGAGCACUGUCCCGGGGCUCAGAAGGGCUCUGUGGAUGUGAGGGAGGAUGCAGGUAGGGAUGGGAGUCCUGUCCCAAGACAGUGCAAGCUGGCCAGGAAAAGAGGGGCCAGGACACUGACUGGCUAUUUUUCUUCCUGCAGAGAGUCACAGAGGCAGUGUCUGAGGUCUCUCCCGUUGUCUCCAGUGAGCGUUCCCUCCUGUCCGUUCCAGCCCCAGGUACGGUGCAGCACACCAGGUGCCAUGUACUGCGAGAGCAGUGAGAUGGAGGGGGGCUGGUUUAAGCAUCCAGGAUGGCAUGUGUCCAAGCCCUUGCUGUUUCAUGAGGAAGUGAUGGAUCCUCUGACUAGCUCCACCACUCCACUGGAUGUAAGAAGCCUGGAGUCUGAGAUGGCAGACCUAGGCAGCCCGAUUGCCGAGGUGGAAUCCUAUGCACACGGAACAACAGAUCACUCGGGCAGCUCUGCAGCUCUCUUCCCUGAUGAGCAGGAAGACAUGGAGAUACCGGUGGCUGGUAACCAGUCUUCCAGUAUGGCUGUUCUGCUCUCUGGGCCCCUCCUCAUGCAGGACAUCAAUGUCAGUGAGGUCUCUGUGAGCAGAAGCCGCCUGUACCGCUCCCCAUCAAUGCCGGAGAAAUUUGACAGGCCAGCGCUAAAGCGAAUAGUGAGGGGUCAGGAUAAUGAAACUCCUGUUAAGGUGAAACGGAGAUGCAGCCUGAUCCAGGAAGAACCGGAGGGGGGUGCGACUCUGAAGAAGACGGCCUCACUCUCCGACAUGGAGAUCACCAAAAUCCUGGAUCAGGACCAUGGCCUCAGACAACUCAUUGGGGACUUCUCCAAGGUGUAUGCACUGCCUACAGUGACAGGAAGGCACCAGGAUCUACAAUAUAUCAUCCCGGAGACUGUGGCUGCUCUGCUCUUUGGGCAAUUCCAAAGCCUCAUCGAGAUGUUCUAUAUCAUUGACUGCCGCUACCCCUAUGAGUAUCUAGGAGGGCACAUCAAGGGUGCUCUGAACCUCCACAGGCAAGAAGACCUGUUUGAGUUGUUCCUGAAGAGGCCUCUCUUCCCAUCCAUGCCACAGAAACGCAUUGUCCUUGUGUUCCACUGUGAAUUCUCCUCGGAGAGGGGCCCCAAGAUGUGCCGUUAUCUGAGGGAGGAAGAUCGAGCCAUGAAUGAAUACCCUGCGCUGCAUUAUCCUGAGAUGUAUGUCCUGAAGGGAGGCUACAAGGAGUUCUUCCCUGAGUACAAGGAGUUGUGUGAACCCCAGAGCUACUGUCCAAUGCACCACCAGGACUUUAAGACAGAGCUACUGAAAUUCCGCACCAAGAGCAAGUCCUGGGUGGGAGAGCGGAAGAGACGAGACCAGAUCACUCGCCUCAUGAAGCUGUGAGGGCCACCACUUACAAGGGCUCUGCUCUGAAGUGGGCUACACUUAGUGAGAGGCUGGGAACCAGGAGCCCGCCUCAUCCUCUGGGAACUACAGCCAUCUUUGGCUAUCUCGGGUGACAGGAAACGUUAGGAAGAGGCUUGUUGAAAAGAUGUCAGUGAUCCUGUAUUUAGACGUGCCCAUAUCUGAGCCCAGAGCCCAUGCACGGAGGGUGGGGCCUGGCUCUGCAGGCAGAGUGGUCCCUGCUCGCAGAACAGCCAUUGGGAAGGCCAGUUCUCACCUGUGUCUGUGCCACCCUGCCAUUGCAAGACGGGGCAGGGAAUGUCACAGCCAGAGCUCCGCCCACCCUGUCCUCCUGGAACAGCAGGAGCCCCCACGUUCCUUCCUGGUAUUUACUCUCGGUUUUGCAGUUCAUCAUAACUUUUGAAAAGAAAAAUAAACAGUUUUAAAAGAC